AUGACAGCAGAAAAUCUGGACAUGACAAAUGGCUCCAAUAAACUCGGUUCUGUGACUCAGAAUGAAGCAGCACUACUUGCCUUGAUGGAACAAACAGGCUAUACCAUGAUACAAGAAAAUGGCCAAAGAAAGUUUGGAGGUCCACCACCAGGUUGGGAAGGUCCACCGCCACCUCGUGGGUGUGAAGUCUUCGUAGGAAAGAUUCCUCGAGACAUGUACGAGGAUGAAUUGGUGCCUGUGUUCCAGAGAGCAGGGAAAAUUUAUGAAUUUAGACUGAUGAUGGAAUUUAGCGGUGAGAAUCGCGGUUAUGCAUUUGUUAUGUAUACGACAAGAGAAGAAGCCCAGAAUGCAAUCAAAAUGCUUAACAAUUUUGAAAUUCGACCUGGAAAAUUUAUUGGUGUCUGUGUUAGCUUAGACAACUGCAGAUUGUUCAUUGGGGCAAUUCCAAAAGAGAAAAAAAAGGAAGAAAUACUGGAAGAAAUGAAGAAAGUUACUGAAGGUGUUGUCGAUGUCAUUGUCUACCCCAGUGCCACUGACAAGACAAAGAACCGAGGAUUUGCUUUUGUAGAAUAUGAAUCUCACAGAGCUGCUGCAAUGGCCAGAAGAAAGCUUAUUCCAGGCACUUUUCAGUUGUGGGGACAUACUAUACAGGUGGAUUGGGCAGACCCUGAAAAAGAAGUUGAUGAGGAAACUAUGCAAAAAGUUAAGGUUCUUUAUGUGCGAAACCUAAUGAUAUCUACAACAGAGGAAACUAUCAAGAUGGAGUUUAACAAAAUCAAACCUGGAGCUGUUGAACGUGUGAAAAAACUCAGAGACUAUGCAUUUGUGCAUUUUUUUGAUAGAGAUGAUGCAGUUACUGCUAUGAAUAUUAUGAAUGGGAAGUGUAUAGAUGGUGCUAGUAUUGAAGUCACCCUUGCAAAGCCAGUUAAUAAAGAUGGGUCUUGGAAAUACACUCAAGGCAGUCAAGUCAGUCUGAAUUGUGAAAGUCAGCGCCUGACGUUUACUAACAAAGAAGAUGGAGGGCCUAAAACGCCAGGAAGAUCUCCAAGCUUACCAGCACGCUUGAAUGGUCAUCACAGUCCAUGCUCACCUGAACUGGAAAGGUGCACAUAUCCUCUUUUUCCAGGGAUAAAGCUUACACCUUUGAGCAUUUAUUCUUUAAAGCCCAGUCAUUUUCAAUCCUCGAUUACACACUUGGAAUACUACUGUAACAAAAAUAACUGGGCACCACCAGAAUACUACCUAUACUCUACGACAAGUCAGGAUGGCAAACAGCUGCUCGUUUAUAAGGUAGUUAUUCCAUCCCUUGCAAACAGUUCACAAGGCACACUGAGCCAUUUCAUGCCUGAUAAACUCUGCACUAUGCUGGAAGAUGCCAAGGAGCUAGCUGCACAGUAUGCAUUAACACAUUUAGAGUACAGUUUGCGUCGGACUAACUCGGUCAAUAGUCUAUCUCAAGUCGGUGCAUCUCUCCCAACCUCUGCAUCUAGUUUGCUACAGUAUACAUCUAGACCUUACUCUUAUCCUAGCUAUCCACUGUCAACAACACUACCACUUGGUAGCAAUAAUCACAUUGGACAACGCCUGUAUGUUUCCAGUCACGGGUCUUUCUUCUAA